ACGCAAGUUUGGCGGGCAGCGGUUCACCGAUUGGCGGGUCUUCGCUCCUGUAGUUAAUGGUCGUCGUAGCCGUCCGUGUAGCAUCAGCUCGAGAUUUUUCUUAAAAAACGAGGUUUUGCGCGAGUUGGUUGUGCAAAGCCAGUUGCCGAGCUGUUCAUAAGAUUCAGAGAUCGAGAAACGACACUCAUUUAAAAGACUAAAAGAUGAGUUCAAGCGUGUGCUACAAGUGUAACCGGAUGGGCCAUUUCGCACGAGAAUGUCCGCAAGGCGGUGCCGGAGGCGGCGGCCGAGGAGAUCGUGACCGUGACCGUGACGGUGGUUUCGGUGGACGGAAUCGUGGUGAGAAGUGCUUUAAGUGUAACCGAUAUGGUCACUUUGCACGUGAUUGUAAGGAAGAUCAAGACCUGUGCUACCGUUGUAACGGAGUUGGGCAUAUCGCGAAGGACUGCCAGCAGGUAGGAUCAAACGUUCCUGAAUUGAGCUGUUACAACUGUAACAAGACUGGGCACAUUGCUCGUAGCUGCCCUGAGGGUAACGACUCUGGCCGAUUCUCUGGACAGAGCUGUUACAAUUGCAACAAGACGGGCCACAUCGCUCGAAACUGCCAGGAAUCUGGUGGUAAAACUUGUUACGUAUGCGGCAAGACGGGCCAUAUAAGCCGUGAAUGCGACCAGGAUGAUAGGAAGUAGGAAACAACCGAAACCUCACAAAACAAUACACAUUUAUUACUGAUUGAUUGAUUGAUUGAUCGUUGGGGAUAGUAAUUAGAGUAGCGUUUUAAUCGCUCCAAGUAUCGUACCAAGAUCAUUCAAAAAACUCCCCCUGCCCUCCCCUCCGCCCACCGUUGUUUCUUCGCAAGGGUUUCUUAAAAUCUUUAAGUUUUUAUCGCUGUUAAUGCCACCACUGUAAACUAUAACAAUAUACUGGAGAUAAUACGAAUGAAUCAUCGCGUAGACGCCAUCCUCCCCUUUCAAUAUCUUAUGUCCACAUAAUUUAACGGUGCAAGAUGUAUAGUUUUAUCCAAAUAAUCUUUUUCCCGAGACAUUGCAAGAAAUUUCAAUGUCAUCACAAUCGCGUGUAUGAACUAUUUGGAUUUUUCAUCGUCCGCGUUGUUUCACUUACUAUACACACGUACCAAUUGAUCUGUUAUUCCGAAAAUUUUUCAUCUUCAACAAUUUACUAAGUUUACUCAGGUUGGUCGACUAUGAAACACUUAUGUAUCCCAGUGCUUCAUCAUUCUAUUACUGUACAUUGUGUUUCGGAUGUUUAAUCCGAACUACAUUUGACAAAAAUAUAAUCAUCGCCAUUUAUAUUCUAUUCAAGUUGAAACUAUAUAUCAUUGUACGGCUUUGGUCGAACUUGCAAAGAAAAAAAGAUUGAAAAGUGCUUAAUGUUCUCGUAAAAGGGAAUUGUCCAUAAUGUUAUAUAAGCACGAAUCUUCACACAAGUUGUCGAAUAUUCGAAAUCGCGCUAUCGAAUCCUUUCUGAAUUGAUCUGUACAUCUUGUAUUGUGUCCCGUAUCCUCUCAUCGAUUCUCUACAUUCAAUUGACUCGAAAUGAGGAAGAAAAAUGAAAAUGAAAAUAAAAGAAAUGGUAAAAUAAUAAAAACAUGUUCGAGAGACCGACCCUGAAUAUUGUAAGGUUUAGUAAUGAUAAUAUUACCUAAUAUUUAAGGAUGUAUAAGAGUAAGCACUUUUUGCGCUAGCCUAGAUUUGCUCCGCAAAUGACAAUUGAUGAUGUAGUAGUACGCAAAAAGCUGGAGUUGUUUUGUACUAUAAAACUAGGUAUACUAUAGUCGCUGCUGGUGACCUUAGUCUUAUCAUUUUUUCGUUUCCAUAAAUGGGUUCAAAUCGAGGUUGUGUUAUUUUAUUAGAUAUGUCUCCGAUUUAUACAAAACAUCACAUGACGGGAUUAAACAUUUUAUUUCUGAGUGGUAAAAAAUGUUUUCUUAUUUAUGAUCAAUCUAGUUUCCAGACUAUUUCCUCCUUAAAUUAGUUCAUCUCUUCCAAACUUAUUAAAAUGUAGAUCCUUUACUAUUUUCAAUAGUACAGAAAUGAAUAAUAUUUCCGUCAGUUGAUGUCUAGUUUUAUCCAAGAUACUUCGAUGAUGACGACAAGGACGACGAUGAUGAUGGUGGUGAUGAUGAUGAUGAUGAUGAUGAUGAUGAUGAGCAAAAUUUCAGUAUGCGGCGUCUAUAGCUCGAACGUUCAAUUGAUCGACCUUAUUUUAUGUACGCUGACAUCGUUAUAACCAGGUUUAAUUCGGUUUCUGCGUUGAUAGUUUUUUUUUUUUUUUUCUUAGACAUUGAAUGACUGAUUUGCACAAUAUAACGGGUGUGCUUAUUGAAUAUAGCUCUACAAUAGUGAAAAAUACAGGUGAAUUUGAUUGGAGUUGUACUGUAAUUACACACCUUUUAUACUAUCAAUGAGGAAUAUUUUAUUUCCCAAUUCAUUAGUUAAAAGUGUGCAGUUCUGAAAAUAAGGGGAAAAUUAUUAUCAAAUUGUACAGGGGUUUGUAUUUGAAUGGUCAACAUUUACAGAAGACUGUGCUAGUUAAAAGUGUUCUACGUUCUUCAAAAAUGAACUGUUACUCAACAGAUCUACAAUUGCCUUAUAAUAUGAACUGAUGAUGGACUCUUUAUUCUUUUAAAGAGGAACCUAGCGACGAAUUUGAUUAAAACCCUUUUAUUUAUUUACGGAUAUGAUUUUUUUUUUUCCUUACAUCUUCGUUACUUUUUGUUUUUUUCUCUGCAAUUUGUUUUAUACAAUUUAAAUUAACACAUAACUAUGGAGAAUUUAUGAUUAGAAGUUCUCGACAAUUUAUGGGCGAAAUAGAAUGAGUUUAUGUUAUUUAACCAGCAGCGACGACAAUGUACUAGUGUUCAAAAGCAAAGUGCAAUGUCUGGUGAAACAUGUACCAAUAUAUAUAUAUAUAUACUAUAUAUAUAUAUAGUAAAGGUAUCCUGGGCAACUUGUAUAUGCCGCAUUUAGUAGUAAUUCACCAUGUUUUUACAUCUUUGUUCUUUGAGAUAUAAUAUUUUCUUCUACACGAAAUACAGAGAGCAUUUGAAAGGCAUUUACGACCGUGUAUUACGACCUGUGAAAAUUGUGUCCAACUAUCAUUUCGCGACACUCUUCAAGAGACCACAAUCGAAAUGCUUUAUUGGCUGUUUGUGUAAAUUUGCUAAAUUCUAGAGAGUCGGUCCAAAACAGAUACCAGAAGACGGUAACCUUAUUGUUGACGUAUUGCAUCGUAUAUGAUAAUUAAAAAGAAAGGAAAAGAGAAAGAGAGAGAGAAAGAGAGAGAGAGAGAGAGAGAGAGAGAAAGGGGCAAAAAUAAGAAUUUGUGUAAUCAGUGGGGGUACCUGGGCUACGAUUCUCUGCUACAAGACUUACGUAUGAAUAAUGUAAAAAAUAUGAAUGUUACAGUAUAUAACUAAUUCGACCGGCGUCUCCGGUCAAGCUCGACUUAUAAACUAAUAUUAUAAUAAUACUUGAAGGAAGGAAGAGGAAACAAAAAUAAAUAAAUAAAAUGAAGAAGAAGAAAACGAGAAGAAUAAAAAAAAAACUACAAAAUAAUAAGGAUAAUGAGUAUUUGAAGUUGUGUUUUUAAACAGAAUUUUUGAAAUAGAAUGCGUAUGGAGAGGCACAUUUGAUUGGAUUUUUUUUUCCAUCAUCUUCCCGUCUGCCUACAUCCCAAACGGACGUCCGAUUUAUACAUAACUACCUAUAACAGGUUUAUGGCAAUGAAUUACUGUAGAAAAGAACGUAUUUUCUGUAAUUAUGUUACGUUGCGUGGAAGGGAAAAAAAUUAUUUACUAAUAAAAUAUAAAUGUCCAUCUGA